UAACAGCGUCUUCCUUGCUUCCCGCAAGAUUUGCCGGCGUGUGUGUUACUAGAUCUUUGCGCUUGUUAGACCGUGCGUGUUCUGUGUACACAUUUCCCGUAUGUUUGGAGCGAAACUGACCAACCCACCAUUGUGAGUAGACCAUAGAUAUACACAACGUGUUUAUGUCUGAGGGGUUUGAGUAGACCAAAUCUAGUAACACAACGAGUCGCCACUCGCCAGUCGCAGCCAACCGCCAACGCCAACUGAAACCAGGACGAAAUGAUGGAACAUGAUCAACAAGAAACACAACACAUGGAAAGUCAUAAUGCAUCUGCUCACGUUCACUUCACAGUAACGGAACCAGAACUGCAAGAGGGGCACGACUCACAGAUAGUGGUCAGACCAGAGGCAGUGGAUAAGGUUUCAGUUCACCUGGGCUUCUUGCAGUACAAACACAGGUAUGAGGUGAGGUUUUGCAUUCCUGACCAGUUGGGAGAAGAGGUUAUUGCAGAACCAGCUGCUCACAUCAGACUAGAGGAGAUCCGACCAGCAGAAAGUGGCAUGGGUCACGACCUAAUAAUUGAUUUGUUGGCACACAAGGAGAAACUGUUGAAAGAACCCUUAGUACUAACAUCUACUGAGGAUGAAAAAAGACAUUAUACAAUUAUCAUCAUGGCUAGAGUGCUUGGUAAGGGGAAAGGCACACCUUCAUUGAAGGAUGGAAUUCAUUGCACUGGGGUGGAAAUGGAUGAAGAUGAUAUGAGUGACUGGCAAGGAUUCUAAGCCAGAAUAGUAUUAGCGAUUUGAAUUAGUUUCAUAAGGUUGUUGCGCAGAUCUGCUUUGUUCUAAUCUUUGACUGAAUUAAAUAUAAGGGAAUUAGGGAAUUUGUA